AUGUCCUUCGCCGGAGAAACUGCAUACAUCACGGGCGGUGCUAGUGGUAUUGCCCGUUCUCUGGCUACCGAUCUUGUUGGUAAAGGCAUGAAAAUCUUUAUCGCCGAUCGUAACCUCGAGGGUGCUGAGCAAGUUGCCAAGGAGCUUAAUGCCGGUCUCAGUGGUCAAGCUGCCUGGCCAGUUCAGGUCGACGUGGCAGAUUGGGAGUCGCAACGAAAAGGGUUCGAAGCUGCCGUGGCAAAGCUUGGUCGUAUUGACUACGUCUUCCCGAUUGCUGGGAUUUCUGAAUUGCCAUGGCUCCCGAAACAGGCGUCAACCGAGUUCGCUGGGUUCCAGAAGCCCAACUUGGCAGUAUUUGAAGUCAAUGCCUAUGGGCCACUAUACACGUCAGCUCUGGCAAUCCAGCAUUUCCGACGCCAAGAACCCAACAAGUAUGGCUUUCGGGGCAAGAUCGUCAUAGUAUCCUCAGCAUGCGGUUUCUACUACAUCCCGACGUUACCAAUUUACACGGCUGCAAAGCACGGCAUCGUCGGAUUCACUCGUGCCUUCGGCAGUUACUUGCCCCGGGAAUCAAUUACACUCAACACACUGUGUCCUACCCUUGUCGAGACCGGUAUCUCAACUGGGACUUUCUAUGACCAAGCUAGAGAAAAAGGUCUGCUGAUCACCUUGGGAUCUCUGACAAAGGCUUUUGAGCAUCUCAUGGGAAAGAGUGAUGUCUCUGGCCAGGCAAUCGAGAUUCUGCCUGGGAAUGAAGGGUUCAGAGUUAAGGAGAUCCCCGAGUUCACAAACAAUAUAGCCAUGGAGAGUAUAAAGAUGGCCACAGAUCCAGAGCAUAGGGCAUGGAAGUUGCAUGCACCUGUAAACGCGUAG